GGGAAGGCAAACAGCGCUGCGUGCGGCGGCGGGGCCAGACCCGCCCGGAGCCCCGGCCAAGCCCCGGGGCCGCCCCCGGGCCGCGCCCGCGCUCCACGGGACCGCGGCGGGGCUCGGGACUACGACUCCCAGCGGCCACCGCGGCACCGCCUGGCAGCCGCAGCCCGCUCUGAUUGGCUGUCGGUUCACCCCGAGCAGGCGGAGGAGCGUGUGGCUCCGCCCCCCUUCCCGCCCCACAUCCCUAUUGCAAGAGGAAGGCGGCGCGCGCGGGCCGCGGAGGGCCGCGAUUGGCCAUGGGGCGGGAGGGGGCGUGUCGGGGGCGGGGCCUGUCCUCCCCUGCCCGUCGGCGGGAGGGAGCGGCUGCGGCGGGCGCGGGCCGCCAUGAGGUAGGCAGGAGCCCCCCUUGGCCGAGUGAGGCAGCAUGGCAAGUGGGAGUCGAGAGGAGGUGCUGAAGGUCUGACCACUCUGGGACUACCCGGAGCUGCAGCAUUUCUGUCUCUGUGUGGUUCUUGCUGUGCAGGACAGGCCUCCCCAGGGCUCUCUGGGCUGCCUGUCUGUGCUGACAUCUCUCAUCAGCAGUGCUCCUCAUGCCCAUGGCUGGCGCCCUGCCGAUGCCCACCCCGGGGCCACACUGCCCCGCGUGGCCGGUGGCACCGGGGCUCCGUGUUCUGUGGAAGCUGCCGAGCUCAGCCCCACCCCGAGCUCGCUGUGCCACACCCAGAGCAGUGCCGGGCCAGCACUAAAGAUGGGCUGAGCCUGGCGAGGCUGCAGAGAGGUGUGUGGUCUGUCCAGAGCUGGGCUCAAGCCUCCCUCUCGCUCUCCUGGGCAGCCUGCAUGGAGGCUGCGUGCCCCGGUGUGGUGAGAGCGUCAGGAGGAUGGCAGCCGUGAAGGGGAGAUGGAGAGAUCUGUCUGGGAUCUCGGGAUUUGCUCGGAAUGUCACCAGAGCCAGCUGUGAAGGUGGAGGCAGUAGCCACACUGGGGAGGAGGAGGACCCCAGGGAUGACAGUGGCCAGCUCAGCAUGGCAGAGCAGGGAAGGGGUCCAGUGACUGCUUUCUGCAGGGAUGGAGAACCCUGACAGUGAGAUCUGCAGCCCAGCUUGUUGCUCGGAUGCGCUGAGGAAGUUCAAAUCCGAGUCUCAGGCUCAAGUGCCGAGGAGGGGAGAGUUUUUACCACGGCCUGAUCAAGUGUUCUUGGGGGCCAGGAAUGCCCACUCGCUCCUGAAACGCUUUCCCAGAGCCAAUGGCUUCCUGGAGGAGAUCCGGCAGGGCACCAUCGAGCGGGAGUGCAUCGAGGAGGUCUGCAGCUAUGAGGAGGUCAAGGAGGUGUUUGAGAACAAGGAGAAGACGAUGGAGUUCUGGAAAGGCUACACCAGCUCUGUGUACUCCGUCAAGGACCCCGGGCACAGCACGGAGCGCUCUGACGCUAUGUACGUGGUGGUGCCCCUCUUGGGAGUGGCUCUUCUCAUAGUCAUCGCCCUCUUCAUCAUCUGGAGGUGCCAGCUGCAAAAGGCCACCCGCCACCGCCCUUCCUACGCCCAGAACCGUUACCUGGCCAGCCGGACGGGCCGCAGCCUGCCCAGGGUCAUGGUGUACCGGGAGCGCUCGCAGAGCCAGGGGGAGACCCAGUACCAGCGGGAAGCCAGCAGCCGGGGGGCUGGGGAUGCCAGAGCCGGGGGCACCCCGCAGCCAGACGGCACCCUGUGCCCGCCGGAGCACUCUGUCUCCGUCCUCUCCAGACUGUCCAGUGCCACUCCCCCGCCCUCCUACGAGGAGGUGACGGGCCACCCGGAGAGCAGCAGCGGCGAGGAGACCAGCGUCUCCUACAAUGAGCCCCCGCCCAAGUACGAGGAGAUCGUGGCCGCGGCCCCUGCCGCGGGCAAAUAGCGGGUGUGCCUCCCUCCCGCCUCUCACACGCUCACACUCACCCAGCCGCCCUCCCUGCGCCGUGCCUGGGACCCCCUUCAGGUGUUCGUCAGGCCCCCAUCUCACCUGUACAAUCUGGUGCCAUCACACAAUAGCCUUACCCUCCUAACCAAAAAUAGCUGUCCCCAGGUGGGGUGAGGCAGGGCCGUGGGAUGGCUCUGGAGCCAGCCAGCCGUUCCUGCCCCUCGCUCCCCACUCACGUAAGUGCUGUAGCAGUCAGAGCAGAGCAGCAGCUUGUUCCUGGCUCAAUGUGGGGGUCUCCCCGUGGUGCAUUUGAUUUCCUCACUUCCCCCUCAAACAGACAUAACAUUUCCCAUGAUUAGAGCAGCCUUGCUGCUUCCCUGGGCUGCUGCUCAGCCUCACCCCGUGUCCUCACUGGGCCCUGUUCUACUGCUCAGGGCUCUGAUUAGGUGAUGGAGAUGCAGGAUUGGUGUGGCAAAUUUUUGUCCAUCCCUGCAGUUGGUGGGGCCAGCUCUGUGGGGAGAUGGUGCUUCCCUCAUGUGGAUUUGUUGCCCAGUGGGAGUGGGGAGCCCGGUCCACACUGUGGUGCCUGUAGGGAUAUUUGCUGUGUGGAGAUCAGGGAGGAGCAGCUAGAAGGUGCUCUCUGGUCUCCUAGAACUCUUUGGAAAGGGAGAAAGGGCUCGUGGUGGUCUUGUACUUGAGGUAAGUGACUUUGGAGUAGCAGGGCUUUUCCUGAUGCUCUCUGCUCUCCCCCUGUGGGUGCUGAGCAGCUGGAGGUCUGGCUGCUGCAGAGCUGGCCAAGGGGUCCUCUCUGACCCCGAGCCAGCUGUGGUCUCACGGCUUUAAGUGACGGGGAUUCAACUCACUCCUGGAGCGUGGCCUAUCUGGUGUCUGCCCCAGAGGCGAGAACGUGCAGACAGGCCAAAUCUCCCCUCUCCCUACCCCAAACCUCUGUGCCCUGCCUGGCCCCUCUCUCUGGGGCUCUUUGUCCUCCAGAGCAGGUACAGUGGAAUGUGAGACCCCGCUCUCCUCCUGACCUCUCGGGUGGGCUGAGUGUCCAGGGCUGUGGCCUGGAAGUCCUGCUGGCAGGGGCAGGAGCCACAAGACCAUGCCUUGAGAGUCAGGAGCAGGGCCAAGCCCCGCUCAGGUGGUUGUGCUGCCAGGGCAAGGCAGAGCCAGGUGCUUUGCUGUGGGAUCAGUGUCCCCUUUCCCUGGGCAGCUGCCUGUGGGGUCCAGGCAACGGGGCUGUCCUUCCCCAGUCAUGUCUGAUGGAUUAAUACAAGGGUUGUGCUCCAACCCCCAGAAGCAGCCCAGAAGCUCCCAGCACUGCCACCACCCGGUGUUCACCCAGCACCAGCCUCUCCACCAGCACCAAAAGGCUAUUGUCCAUCCAUCAGUGGCCUGCAUCCCGCCCGGCCCCAGUGAUGCCCUCGCAGCUGGUGCCCUCAGCCCAGAGCUGAGGCUUGCCCAGCGUGGCUGCUCCUGGGGCAGGACAUGCUGGCACCUCGUCUGUCCCCUCCCCAGCCUUAGCAGGUCGGGGUUACGGGGAGAGCAGAGAGCUCAGGGCCAGAGCUGGAGAACAGCGGAGGGAGACACAAGGGUGCUCUGCAUCCUCUGUCUUUGAUGCUCGGUCAUUGUCCCUGCAGUUUGUAUUCUGUAAAACUUGGUAUAUUUCUGUGAAAAAAAAAAAGUAUUUAUUAAAAAACCCUCACUGUCUGAGUGGCA